UUCAGUGUCAGUCCGGUGCAGCAGGUGUCCGAAGCGGCUGCUCGUCUAUGCUCCUUCUCCUGAGCUCCAGUGAAUUCUCCCGGUGUUCGCUGUCGUCGUACCCGCCUCCAGAGCGCCGCUGCUGGGGGCAUGACUGGCUCCUCUUCGCUACUUCGCUCCGUGGUUCUCCCGCUGGUCCCCGGCGAGUCCUCGGAGCCGUGACCGGGAUGAGGGCCGCUGUGCUCGGACUCUCGGCGCUGGUGUGGUCCGCUUUGGUGGUGCUGAGCUGCGGGCUGACAGGCCCCGCCCCCUGCCCGCGCGCCCUCGACUGCGCUCGUUUGGGGCGUCACUUCUGUCGACCCGGGACUUCGCACUGUGGACCCUGUCUGCAGCCGCUGGUCCAGAACUCCAGGGGGCGCUGUGUGUUCAACAAGAGACGCGCUCAUCAUGUGACCAACCCUACAGCUCUGACCACACCCAGCCACAGAGGUACAGUCUCGUUCCCAGAGCUGGAUGAACAGAUCGAUAUGCUGUCAGCCAUCAUCACUGAGCAGAGGUCAAAGGUCAUGCUCACAGCCCCGCCCCCUCCGACAGUACCCGCCCUCAGCGCGCCACCGACAGAGAUGCCAACCAAUCACAGUGCCUCGUCCUCAGCGUCACCCUCAGCCUCACCCUCAGCCCCUCCCACAGCGGUGACCAAUCAUAGCUCGGCUCUGCUGAGCGCAGUCAUCGAGCCCCGCCCUCCCUCCGACGUCAGCGUUUUUAUUGUCAUGAGCAGCGUCUUCAUCGUCACCGGAUCUGUAGCUCUGAUGAUCGCAGGAGCCUGCUGGGUCAGGUUACAGAGGGGAAUGCGUCUGUCUCAGAAGGUGGAUUAUCCUCCUCACGGGCUCAUGAGGCCACACACCUUCAGCAGCGUGCCCGGGGACAGGCGGCUGGUGCAGAGCGCUCAGAUGUUCCACUACCAGCACCAGAGGCAGCAGAUGCUCUCUAUCCAAAAACACAGUGAGAGUCCUAAAGUGCCCGACUCUGGAGCCUCCUCAGACGAUGACGACGGAGAUUUCACUGUCUACGAGUGUCCAGGACUCGCUCCGACCGGGGAGAUGGAGGUGAAGAACCCGCUCUUCGAUGACUCCACUCUGUAUUUCCACAGAUUUCACAAAUAAAAAUAGCUCCACAUGCAGUUCACCUCUGGAGACGUCAACAGAGACAGCGCCUCCUAGAGUUAUAUCCACAGAAACACAAACUUUUAAAGGAGAACUACAGCGCCAACUAGAGCUUUACCCUUUACAGCGCCCCCUAGAGCUAUACCCACAGAAACACAGACUUACAAGAAUUUCUCAAAUGAACUGCAGCGACACCUUCAGUUCAGCUGCAGAAACACAAUUCGCCCACUCACCUCUGGAUAAGAGAUAGAUGUCGAUAUUUGCCCUUUUUAGCAGAUGAGUUAUCGGCCUUAAAUCUUCACCACAGGCCGAUAUUUAGUUAGGGCCAACCGGCUGCCUAAAGAAUAUGUAUGAGUUUUAUGUGAAGAGUGCACUGUACAACAUGUGACUGCACUGGUCUCUUUUGUAAAAAAAAGUUUAUAAUCAUUUAAAAUUAUAUAUUUUGGGAAGAAAGAUCCAAAUCUGCUAUACACAUCAGCCCAAAAAUAUCAGCAGACUUUAUCAAACAUUGACUGGUCUGGAUUCUAAACAAUCGGUAUCAACCAUGAAAAAAGCCGGUCGAUCUCUUCUCCACAUCCCAGCCUCUACAGCGCCACCUAGAGUUAAACCUGCACAACUGAUGCUCUUAAAGAAGAACUACAGCACCACCAACAGUUAAACCUGCACAAUCCAGGCUCUUACAACUACAGCGCCCCCUGUAGUUCUGCGUGAUGCCUUCAUGAACACUGGCACUGGGCCGGUGUUUUUACGAUGCCUUACAUGACGAUUCACCUUCACUAGAAUCAUUUGGAUGAUUUCAGCCCUGGAAUUUUAAAGGUAAAAGGAGCUGUUCACUUCAUGACAUCACAAGGUGGAACAGAGCAUUUUGAGCUUUGGCGAUAUAGACAGACUAAUAAUAAAGUGUUGCUCAAACAUGUGUGAAUGAAACAAAGCACAACUCCAGGUCUGUUUUUUGUGGAGUCCUCUCAACUUUGCCACUGAGAAAGUUUAGUUUCAUAAAGCAGGUCGCAGAAAACGUUAAAUCUGGGUGUGGUAGAGCUUAGGUCUGAUCAUUAUUGGUAAAAUCUGCAAAAUCUCUUCUUGUUCCAGUAGAGCAAAACAUUCAGAGAUGCGUAACUAAAACAACGUAAAAACAUACAAGCAAAGAGAGGGCUGUCACGUUUGGAAGCGCGUGAUAUUGAUGAAAGUAUAGACUAUAAAAGAGAAUAUUCAGACGGAUUUAUGCCACAGACACAGUCUAAAGCAGGGUUUUAAAAAUAUUCUGAAAAACACAACACUUUAUUGUGUAUUAUCAUUAAUUUGCAUCUGUCAUGAGUUAUAGAAGUUAUUCAUUCAAAUGUCCUCAACUCAGAUCUGAUAGAACGGAAACAAAGCACAAAGUUCAAUAAAACCCGAGAAACUGCUGGUCACACACAGACUGUAUAUAUAAAUGGGCAGAGUUCACCUGCAUUUUGGUCUGUUCGUAUUAACCCGCUCUACAUGAUCCUGGAGGUUUUAUGUCUCUAUUUUGGCUGUGAUUCAAAAUAUGAACAUUAAUAACAGACAAAUCAGGCGCCUUCUUUCCCCGAGGUUAUUCCUGCUGGUUUUGGCAACAAUUUUGAUGAACGCUGUGGGUGACCUCUCCCUCAGUCUCUUCUUUAUACAGUCUGUGCUCACACAUCACACAAGUGUCACUUUUGAGCGAACACAAACUGGUUUAACAUUAUGAGACAGGACCAGUAUCUCAGAAUAUUUCAUUUCAAAUUGUCAAUCUAUGGCAACAAUGUUCAUUUUUCAUCAUUUUUAAACCAUUGAUAUUUAGCUAAACCGUCUGUCUUCAGUUUAAAUGCAGUGAAAUAUUCCGCAGUGGGACUUUAACCCUGCUCUAAUGUAGUGUCCUCCUCACAAACAUCCCUGGAGUUGUGUUUUGUUUCACAUGUUUCUACGGUAACGGUCCUGUGUUGUCAGAGUAUCCUUUUCCAAAACGUGCAAAUCAAAAAGGAAUUGUUUGCGGAUCAUUUCUUCACCAGACUCAACUAUGAUUUAUUGAAGCUUUUAAUGGAAAGGGCAAGAAGAGAGACAUGUCUUGCACAAGGACACAAUGUCAGUAUUCUCACAGCUUUGAACCGUCAGUGUUUGGGUCAGUGGAUCCUUUAUUACAGGUCAUCAUAAAGUGCUUUAAAUAUGUCUGUGUUUGAGCAGAGGAGUCCACGUUUCACUCUUUUAAGUAUUUUUAAUGUGGGAUUUUAACCUCCGUCUCUCUCCUGUCUUACCCAGUGUUCAUUUUGUCGACAUUUUAUUUUAUUUAUUUACAUUUUAAACAGGAGGUAUUUAGCAAAAUCCAUGUUUGUAUCUUUCUCCCAUGUUCUAAUGUUCCUUCAUCACAAAAGAGGUUUUAAAUGUCACCGAUGCAUGUUUGAGUAAUCUAGUGAUCUCUCCCGGGCCCUAUUCAAACCCUCUUUACAGUUAGCUCCGCCCACAAGCCUACAUCACCCAUGCUCCCACACAAUUCUCCAUAAAUAUGCAAAAACAUGAUACAAAACUGUACACAGCAACUUGACAAACCUGGUGUGAUGUGCAGUAGUUUCAUUAGUGGGAUGCAGCUGAUUGUGUUGUGAUAGUGCUCUGAAGGGGAGGGACUUAGUGUGGAGAGCAAGGGGAGGAGGGACUGAAACUUAUAAGAGAUGUUAAUACAUUGUUUUGGGCGAAUAUGGCAUUUUCAAAACAAUAAAAGGAAACAUGGAGAUUUAAAUAUGUUAUGUUACAGUUAUAACUCCAUAGAAGUAAAUACCUCCUCUUUAAGUUUUUACUUAUUUUUUUUUUUUACAUUUUUUAUGACGUUUUUUUGUCCUAAAAUGUGUACAUUUCAGUCAAGUCAAAGAAAUCCUCCACAGAUUUAGUUUCAUUUCACUUCAGUGUUCCUUUUGCCUCGUGCGCAGACACCGGACCUGGGCCUGGUUGUUGAGUUUGUAAAUGCUCUGAUUGAAAAGGGCUUUGUUCAAAUCAAAUGGCUUCACUGGAGCUUAAAUCGUGGUUAUUCUGUUCAUUCAGCUGAUCAUUUUGUCUUGUUUGAGAACACAGGGUUAUAGUUUUACUCAGGACCAACUAUCAGGCCUGUGGUUUGGUUGACAAAAGGGGGUGUGGCUAAAGCUCUUCAAACUGCACUCACAAGUCUACACCUGCAGGGGGCGCUCAUGCAAAAACUACUAUUUAUACAGAAAAAAGGGAUCAGGAAACUGUAUUUCUGUAAAGACACAUUGAACUUGUGAAUCGUGAGUUUAAUCUGACUUUUUAGAGCGAAAUACCAAAAGUACCAUUUCUUCAGCUCCCCCUCUGUCACUUUCUGCUGUGUCCCAUAAAAAUCCUCAUCGUCUAAAUAAAAUGUUUUGUCAACUGAGACUCCACUGACAAAACAACCGAAGGCCCACAGCUUUUCAGUAUUAUUUUUAUUACUUUUAAUGAACAAAAACAUCAACAUCAAACAAGUCUCUGACAGGGCAUAAUCAACAAAAUGAGAUCGUGUCCUCCUCCUCUUCUCUCUCUCUUUUAUUUCUAUGCAUGAGCUUUAGUGGCUGAACUCUUGAUACUUGAAGGAUUUUUUCUUAAGUAAAAAUGUAAAUAAGCUUGGCUUGGUCCACUCUGUUUUUGUCAUGUACAUGUGCUGCUAAACUGUACCUCAGAUCUCUCUCUUCCUCUUUCUCCCUCUCUCCCUUCUUCUCUCUCUCCUCUGCUCUCUCCUCUUCUGCCUCUCGUCUCUCCCCUCCUCUGCUCUCUCUCGCUGCUCUUCUGCCUCUUCUUCCUCCUCUCCUCUUUCCCUCUUUCCCUCUCUGCCUCCUCCUGGCUCUUGCUUCUUCUCUCUCCUUUUCACAACUCUCCUCUCUUUUGCUGUCUCUCUCCUCCUCUGCUCUCUCUCCUCCUCUUUCCCUCUCUCCUCUUGCUUCUCUCUUCUCUCUCUUCUGUUCUUUGACUCAGUACAGUGGGUCCUGUUGUAUUAAACGUAGCACUGAACAGCUCCCUCUGGUGUUCUCUCAAAGCACUUUCUCUUGAACAGUCCAUUUUACCUAAAACAAAAGUGUGUUGUGUCGUGUUGAGUUUUCACAUAACGACACCAGAACAUGGAACUGUAUUAACAUCUACAAACAUUUAUAUUUAUUUAUUUGUUCUAAAUUCUCACUAAUGAGAUUUCAACUCAUAAUUUACCACCAAGAUCAAAGUAAAGUCAUGCUCUUCGGUCAAACUGUUAUCUGCCUUAAUUAAGCUGGAUGCCCUUCCCAAUGCAACCUUGUAUUUAAAUGUAAACUGGAAUGUACCAGCGGCAAUGUAAAAAGUGAAUCCUUUCCUUCUGUUUGUAACACUUGGAUUUAUUGAGACGCAUCUGCUUCAUUUCAAAAAUAUUAAUUCAUUUGAAAAAUAUUAAAGAGGAGGUAUUCUGCAAAAUCUAUUUUUGUAUCUUCCUCCCAUGUCCUAAUGUUCCUUCAUCAAAACAUGAAGUUUUAGAUGUCAUCCAUGCAUGUUUGAGUCAUCUAGCAAUCUAUUCUGGGCCCUAUUCAAACCCUCCUUGCGGAUAGCAGUACGAGCCUGUAUGAGGCACCGCCCACAAGCCUACGUCACCCAUGCUCCCACACGACAAUUCUCCAUAAAUAUACAAAAACAUGAUACAAAACUGAACACAGCGACUUGACAAACCUGGUGUGAUGUGCAGUAGUUUCAUUAGUGGGAUGCAGCUGAUUGUGUUGUGAUAGUGCUCUGAAGGGGGAGUGACUUAGCAUGAAGAGCAAAGCGAGGGGAGACUCAGAGCGUCAAAAACAAAAGUGAAACUUAUAAAACAUGUUAAUACGUUGUUAUGGGUGAAUAUGGCAUUUUCAAAAUAAUAAAAGGAAACACAGUGAUCGAAGUAUGUUAUUUGUUACAGUUAAUACCCCAUAGAAGUCAAAUACCCCCUCUUUAACAUUUUCAUGUGUCCUUCUGUUUUUACUUUACUUUUGUAUUGAACUAUGACACUGAAAAGCCUCACUACCUUUGGACUGUUCAGACAGAGCUGUUUAUGCAUGAUGUACAAACAAAAUACAUAUUUAUAUGAUCUGAAUGUCUCACUGUGCUGUUUUCACUUUAUAA